AGAAGAAGACGAAGAAGAAGAAGAAGAAGAUGCAAACACACUCCCACAGUGUCUGUACAGACUUUAGCAUUAAACUAUCGAUUUCCGUUAGAAAUUAAAUUCUGCAUCGAUUAACCGACGAACUGUGGAGUUAUGAGACUGACGAAAACGUAUCCGACGAGUUAACCGACGAGUUUGACUCUUAAACGUGUUGAUUGGUCGGUUAACUCCACAGUUAGCCUAGCCUGCUAGCUCCCCGUGCUAACAUUAGCAGUUAGCUUUAGCUUCGACAUGGGACGAGGAAGGGGACCGACCCGGAGCCGACCGCCCAUGGGACCGCCGGGCGAUGACGGUCCUCCAUUCGACAUGGGCCCGAUGGGUCCACCGGGGUGGGGCCCUCCACCGCCGGGAGGCUGGGGCCCUCCGCCGCCUGGUGGAUGGCCUCUGCCGCCGGAGGAAUGGGGACCACCGCCGCCCGGAGGUUGGGGCCCUCCUCCGCCUGGAGGAUGGGGGCCACCGCCGCCUGAUGGAUGGGACCCGAGAGACUUUCCACCGCGGGGCUGGGGACCGAGAGGACCAUCGCCGCCGCCGGGCUGGGGCCGGCACCCCGACGACUGGCUGCCUCCUCACCCCGACGACUGGAGACCUCCGUACCCCGACGAUUGGAGACCUCCGUACCCCGACGACUGGAGACCCCCUCACCCUGAUGACUGGAGACCUCCGCGGCCUGACUGGAGACCUCCUGAGGACUGGGGACCCGACAGGCCGUUCCCACCUCCGGGGUGGGGACCUCCUGGUUGGGGUCCGGAUCGUCCCCCUGGUUGGGGUCCGGAUCGUCCCCCUGAGCCAUGGGGACCCGAGCCCGGCCCCCCCGGACCCGUGCCACCGGUGCCCCCGCCUCCUCCUGUCGGGAUCCCCCCUCCGGACCCUGCAGUCUACGGCCCGAUGCCCCUCCCGCCGCCGCCGCCCUGCGUGCCUCCGGUCGGCUUCCCGGCGUACCCGCCUCCGGGCUGGACGGGAGAGACCAUCGUGGAGCAGCCGAUGCCCAACCCGCCGCCCGACCAGCCGGAGUGGAUUAAAGCUCUGAUCUCAGCGCCGGUUACCGAGACGGCUGCGGGGGAAGCUAAGAAACCCAGCGAGGAGCCGAGCGUCACCAAGGCAGCUGCUGCCGAACCCACUGCCGUCCAGAAGCCCAAAUCCAAACCCAAAUCUAAACCUAAACCCAAACCUGAUACCUCCAGGACCGCCAGAGCGCUCGGCCUGCUGGGAAAACGCACCUUCGAUAAGCCUCCUCCAGGACGGUCCACUGGCAUCAUCUCUUUUAUCGGGCCGUCGUUCGGCUACAUUGAGAGAGAAGAUCUGAAGAAGUUCACCUUCAGCUUUGACGCCUUCUUUGGAAACCCUAAAGCCAUGCAGCCUGGCGUCAGAGUCCACUUCACCGCCUGCAAGGAGAAGCAGAACAGUCUGAUAGCGACAGAUGUGAAAGUGGCUCCAGGUGGAACAGAGAACGUGGACACGGAGAUCUACGAGGCAGUGGUCAGUCAGCCCAUCACGGAGCCUCAGCCCGGCGAGCGUCAGUACCAGGGGCAGGUCCACGUGGACAUCGGGCCACUUAGGACAAACCUGAUGUUUGACAGGAAGGACAGCACGGUGACGCUGCUGAAGAACGACCAGGUGCUCAUCAACCUGCUGACCGACAUCGUCACCGAGAAGAGAAGAGCGACCAACAUCAAACCCAAAAUCCCCGCCACCUUCAGCUUCACCCACGAGGAGAGGGAGGAGGGUGUCAUCAUCAGCCUGACAGACAAUGAAGGCGUCAUCAAGUCUGAGAAACACGGCGAGCUUCCCUUCGACAUCAAAGAGAAUUUCAGUGAUGUUGAGUUCACUGCCGAGGACAUCAACGAGGAGGUGGAGUUCACCAUCAUCGUGCUGAGGGCGGGGAAGAGGGCCAUCAGGAUCCGACGGGUGAAGGAACCCCUCCUCCUGACGCUUUCUGCCGCCACUGCUGCUGCUGCUGUCUCUGAGGAGGCCACCGGUCAAAACACAGACGACGACGACGACAACGACGAUGAUGAUGACGAUGACAACAGCGAGAAGGACACUUCUCCUAAAGUGACACCCAUGGUGAAGCCGGAGCUGGGGCCCAACAUGAGGCUGGACCCGGAGCUGUACGAGGGCAUCGUCAGCCAGCCAAUCAUAGAGCCCACGCCCACCAUGCAGGGCUACCCGGGUCAGAUCCACGCCAACAUCGGCCCCGUCAGGACCAACGUGACCUUUGACCACAGAGACUGCGGCGUCACGCUGCUGAAGAACGACCACGUGUUGAUCAACCUGCUGGUAGACAUGGUGACGAGGAAGAGGAGAGCAGCCAACAUCAAACCCAAAAUCCCCUUCACCUUCAGCUACACCAAAGAGAAGAGAGAGCUGGGCAUCAUCACCUUUCUGGGUCCUGAAGAAGGAAUCAUCAACUCCGAGGACCACGGCGAGCUUCCUUUCGACAUCCAUGAGAACUUCAGCGAAACCAAGUUUAACAGCAGCGACAUCCACAAGGAGGUGGAGUUCACCGUGGCACUGGUGAAAUCAGAGAAGAGAGCGAUCAGGCUGAUGAGGACGAAGAGGGUCGAGGACCAAAUCCUGGAGGAGCAGAAGAGACGGGAGGAAGAGGAGAAGAGGAAGAGAAGGGAGGACGAGGAGAAGAGGAAACGAGAGGGGGAGGAGAGGAAGAGGAGGGAGGACGAGGAGGCAGAGCAACAAAGAGAGGCCGAGAGGAAGAAAAGGGAGGAGGUGGCGGCGGCGCUGGCAGCGGCCCAGUGCAAGUGGACGCCACUUGGCUUCAAGGUGAGGAACCCUGACACGAUGGACGAGAUUAGCAAGGAGCGAUUUGAAGGCACCGUCCUCAAAGCCGUCUCCAAAUAUCCACGUAAGGAGAUCAAGAAGGAGCCCGAGGCGAACAAGGAGGAGCCAGGAGGAGGAGGAGGAGGAGGAGGAGGAGGACAAAUGCUCCCUGGACAGGUUAAAAUCAAAGUUGAGAAAAUGGAUGACGACCAGAAGGAAGAGGUGAAGGACAUACCUGAAGGAGACGGAGGACAGGAAGGAAAGAAGGAGCCUGAGGAUGAGGCGGUGAAGAAGAACCAGUCGGCUGAAACAGCAGCUGGGAGAAAACCCGACCCAGAGAUGGGUCGACUAGUGAUGACCAUCGACGGUCAACAGAAGCAGCUUCCCUUCGGUCCCAAUGACCUGCUGACCACCGCCACCAUGCUGGAUGGAGACAAGGUGCGUUUCAACAUCGCCACGCAUCAAGGGACCAAAGAGGAACGAGCGACUUUCGUGGAAAUUCUCCCCGACUCCUUCGAAGAGUCCAUUGAACAACGCCGACACGGCAUCGUCAUCGAGUUCGGUGUGGACUCCGGGCUCAUCAAGUGCACCCAGAACCCUCAGCUGUACUUCCACAUGUCUGAGGUGAUCGAGAAGAAGAGACUGGAGCUGAACGAGAAGGUCGAGUUCAGUGUCGUCCCGCAUGAGACGGCAGAGGGCGGGAACCAGGCCAUCAGGAUAAAACGUUUCACCGAGAGCGUUUUCUUCCCUGUUCGGAAGUUGGGAGGAGUCGGAGCAACCAAAGGGAAGAUGACCAUCAAGCUGGCAAAAGCUUCAGAAGACACUGAGAAAUUAAAACCCGAGACAGACAAGCUGAAGGCGGUGGUGAAAAAUCUUAGAGCGCAGGACAGUAAGACCAGCAUCAGCAGAAGGGACUACUGUGCCAGUCGCCGUAGAUAUGGCAGGAGCAGAAGUAGGAGCAGGAGCAGAAGUAGGAGCAAAAGUAGGAGUAGGGCCAGAAGUAGGAGUAAAAGUAGGAGCAGGAGUCCACCAAGAGAUCAGUUUGGACGUGUACCCAAAAAGAGACGCAGUCCCAGCAUUGACCGUGACCGUAAAAGCAGCAGGUUCAGGCGAAGCCAAAGCCAAGAGAGGCUGAGGAAGCCCACCAAGAGCCGCACUAAGAGCCGCAGCAGGAGUCGCAGCCGUAGCAAGAGCUCCAGCAGGAGUCGCAGCAAGAGCCGCAGCAGGAGCAGGGAGAGGAGCAGGGAGAGGACCAAGGACAUCAAGAGGAGGAGCAAAAUCAGCAGAGACCGCGAAGAAAGUCACAAGAGGAGGAGGGAGUUAAGCCCUCCUCUCAGACGUGGUGGAGUUGUGGACGACGAGCUUGCAAGGAAGAAGCGGGAGCUGGAGGAGCUGAAUGACAUGAUUGCCUACAAGAAGUCACUGGUGGACCCUGGACAGAGAACAUGCAUAGACUAUGACCACGGCAGGAUCACUGUCCCACUCACUGAGUACAAACCAGUCCGGUCCAUCCUGAAGAAACGACCAGAUGGACCUGAUUACCACCAUCGCCCUCAGCCCUAUGACGAUGCGUAUUAUGACCGGCCAUACAGUCCUUACCAAGAUCGACGCUACAGUGACCACUACAGUGAUCCAUAUGCCAGUCGUUCCUACCCUGAUCGCCCGUAUGGGGAGCGUCCCUACAGUGACCGCCCUUAUGAAAGUCGUCUCUAUGGUGAACCUUCCUAUAGUGGCCCUCCGUCUGCCAGUCAACGUUACACUGAUCGCUACGAUGUUUAUGAUGAACCCUAUGACGAUCGCUACUAUGAUCCAGCUUAUGCGGACCGACCUUAUGAUGAUCCGUAUCGCUCUGUCAGACGAAGCCAAUCUCCAGAACCCCAUGGUCCCUCACCUUCGUCCCAGCCCGGCCAAGUUCCUGCUGCUUCCACCCAACCUUCGUUGAUGCAUACUGCUGCCACUUCAUCUCCCCAGCCCCAUUUCAGACCUCCCUCUCCCACAGAACCUCCUCCUAGAAGCCCAUCUCCCAAACUGAAGACCACAAUACCACACCAGGCACCUCCAACUGUGAAACCACCCCUCGAUCGCUUCCUUGACAUGCUUAAUAAAAAGGUGGAUGCUGAGAAGGAAGCAGAACCUGUUCUUGUGAAUGAUGACCUUCUGCCUCAUGAGCGGGCACUUCAGGAUGGCAGGGGUUUCUCUCGGAUUGUGGGACUGGCUCAAGAGCAGCCCAGCAGCAGUCUUGCUCUAGAAGCGAUAAAGACAGAGCUAAGCCCUAAAAGAUCCUCAGUAGAAAGAUCAAUAGAGGAACCAAAGGUCAAGACAGAACCCUACGACAAGAUUCAAAGUCUGCUCCGUACAAUUGGCCUGAAGCUGAGUACAGGAGAUAUGUCCAAACUGGCCAGCAGAGCCCAAGAGAAAAUCUACAGCCCAAAGUCCUCAUCCAUAGAAAGGGAGAUGUUGUCAUCCCCAAGGGAGGAACGGCAGACAAGUAGAACCGGUUCUGUUGAAUCAGAUCACAUCCAUUCCCCCUCCCCUGCCAGGUCCUCCAGUUUAGAGCCACUCAGCAGAUCUAAAGCUGUCUCAGAGUAUGAAGGAUUCCUGGACCAGCAGGAGUUGGAGGCACUCAAGAAGGCACAACAGCUGCAGAGUCUCACCAAGACAAUGGGGAGCACAGCCUCCACCACUCCUCCUCCGAAACCUCCUCCUGGGCCUCCGCCUACCCACUACCAACAUCCAUCCCCACCAGUGAACUGGCCCCUUGGAGGCACUACCCAGAUUCUUCCAGAACAGGGCUCCAGCAUGGGUGCACCAGCUCCUCCUGCAGCUGGUCAGCCACCACGAGUCGGACUUCCUGCAGGACCUCCCCCUGGACCUCCUCCACGGCGUCCUGGACAGCCUCCAGGACCUCCUCCUGGGCCUCCACCCCGGCGCCCUCCCGGACAACCUCCUUUUGCUCCACCCACCAGCCAUACAGCCUUUUCUUUCUCUGGCCAGCCUCCUGCAGUUCCACCCCUUAACUCUUCCAGUCCUUUGCAGCUUUUAACCACUGCUGCCGGAGUAUCACCACCACCACCACCACCACCACCAUCAUCAACACCUGCAGCAUCAAGUCCCUCAAAUGAUAAUGAAUCAACCAUCUCUACAACAGUGGCCAGGUGCCUGAAGGUCAUAGAGACAGUGAAAUCUCUGGCUGUACAGCCACCAGCCAAACCGGUCAAAUCAGUUCAGUUCAGUUUACCCACUGUCUCUCCACCAGCCUCCAGUCAUCAGACCUCAGUGGAGACAGAGGAGGACAUAAAGAUCAAGCAGAAGGAAAAGCUGGAUUUGUACAACCAGAGGGUUUUGGAAAAGAGGGAGCAGCAAUACAAAGAUUGGCUAGCUCGCAGGAAACAGAGUGGAGAGUGGAAGGAUGUCCCACCAAACCCCCCAGAUAGAUGGGCCAUUUCAUCAACUUUUCAACCACACAUCAGUCCAUCACCAGCCUCCCAAUGCAGCACGCCCGUCACCAGCGAGCCCAAGAACGUUUGGAUCUGUGGUCAUUCGCUGGUGUACUGGGCCGAGUCACGGGCCAAGUCUCCGGAGGUAGGUAUGCAGCUGGGUAUGGACCCCAGCAAAGUGGCCAUCUGGUGGAAGGGCACCCAGGGCAUGACGUGGUCCCAGCUGCUGCCCCAGCUCCACCAGCUGAAGGUCACCUGGCCCAACCCAGACAUCCUCAUCAUCCACCUGGGUGGCAAUGACCUGAGCACUGACAGCCCUACCGACCUGCUGGCCUCCGUCAAGAAGGACCUGACAUCCAUGAGAAGCAUCUUCCCGCAGUGCGUCCUUGUGUGGUCCAACAUCCUCCCUCGGAGGGUGUGGCGCCACUCGCCUGACAAUCAUGAAGUUGAUCUGGUCCGGACCACAGUGAAUCGCAGGAUUCAGAACAUCAUCUCAGAACUGGGCGGCACCUCGCUGACCCAUGACAACAUUAGGUGCGGCGCAAACACGGGCUUGUAUCGGGCUGAUGGCGUCCAUCUGUCCCCCAAAGGCAUCGAUGUUUUCAACCUGAACCUGCAGGACUUUCUGGAGAAGUGGGAGGCGGAGUGGAACUAGAGAAAAGCAAAGAGGCGUAAGAGUUACUUUCUGUUUUUAUGUCGUCUCUUUUAUUUCUGAUGCUAGCUAGGUAGUUAAAUUGAUUCAAACAACUACAACUUCAUUCAAGUUCAUUAAUCUCCAUGUUUAAAGGAUCCAGUUCUGUUUGUAGUUUUAUCAGAACAUGUAGGAACUUCAGUCGCAGCUGUUACACAUGAAAAACAUGUUCGUCUCUCAUGAAACAAUAAAGUCGAUAAACACUGUCGCAUCUCACUAUGUUCGUCUUCUUAAUGAACGCAGUGUCUGUUAAUGUUACACAACAUCUUUAGCAACACAGUUCAGACUGAAGGUAAAUGUGAUUUACAACAUUUUAUCAUUCAUCGUGUCAUUUUUGGUUUUAGGUGGAAAAUAAAAAAUGAUUUAUUCAGGGGUUUUUUUUUAAAUGUUUUUAGUUAGUGCUGAAUGAUGCGACUUAGAAUUUCUGUGAAAUCCAAAUUUUGCUAAAAUUAAAGCGUCAUAUCAGCCUUGUUGUUAAAUACAUUAUCAGAAUACAGUUAAACUAAUGAAGUAAAUACUAAAAUAAAGCUCGUCAUGUGCCAUACAUAAUUCAUGUUUGUCGUUUUCAGACUUCUCUAAAGAGAAAUUAAAAAUGUUUUUUGUGAAGUUGUUAUUUUGGAGUGUUCAGCUACUUUAUACAUGAAAUAUAUAUUGUUUUAAUCAUAGUGCAGCCAUACUGUCAUUUUAAAAGCUUAAGUUUUCUCUAAAAUGAUUUUUAUUCACUACAGAAUAUAUUUUAGAAAUUAUAUCUGAUUGGCAUGUUUGCAUUAAUUUAACGUUGACUAUAAAAAUAAGCACAGUUUAUUUUUUGGUAAAAUAAAAAAUACCUGUAAAACACAAAUCAUUGAAUCAUAAUUCAGUUCCUGUUCUGGUUUAUAUCUGUCAUUAUUAGAUAAAACAAGCCGAAGAGAUAUGCAGCUUCUGCUCUCCGUCAGUAAAAAUGCUCCACUGUCAGUUUAUGUGUCUCUAACAGGUGUCUAAACGAGACCUCAGAAUGUCGUCACGGCGAACACGACUUUACAACCUGCUGUGGUGGUGACGUGAUGUGACCGUGGUGUAGUUUGUUUACAGCCUAAUGUUAGCUUUUGUACUUCUUCUGAUUGAAUUAAUUUUUCAAUAAUCAUAAAGUUCCUCAGUGAAGAUUAUCUGACUGAACAAAACCUGAAGGAUCAGAAACAUUUGUUUAUUUGCUUAUUUUCUGCAAGACUCCAGAAUCCAAUUAAAAAAAAAUCUUGUUGGCUUUUUGACGAGGGAACCAGGGUGAUGCUAACGUCAAGGUGAUGUUGCCAUAUUUAACUUAUUGUGUUGAGGUUUGGGGAAACGCCUACAAAACCACCCUACAACCAUUCUUCAUACUGCAGCAAAGAGCCGCAAGAAUCUGACACAGUGUUGGAUAUGGGGAACACACUGAUAACUUGUUUAUGAAGUUAAAUGUAUGGAUCUGGUGGAUUUUAAAACUGCUCAAGUCAAAGCAAUAAAUAACUUAUCUAUCAGUUUGUGGAAGGCAGUGGGUGGAGAAAUCAAUCAGAGUAAAGACAUCAGACAGUUUAAAAAGAGCUACAAAGAAGAUCUUCACAAAGGAAAUGAUUACAGAGAAUGUAAAGCUCACUCAGGGUCAGACUGUUGUCACUAUUCACACACACACUAGUGUCAUCUAUACUCUGAGUACGCUCUGGCUGUAGAUGACUGAGUGGGGACGCUAGAGGGCGCCAGGUGCUUUUCUUUUUUGCAGUGUAGUUUUUCUAAGUCACAAAGAAGACGUUGCUAAGAAGGAUCAUGUUUUGGGAAACUCAGCCCAAAACAUUUCAGAACUGUAUUGGCUUGUAGCUACAUCGCCUAAGAGACAGUGGAUGGAGUUUAACCAAGGGACUGUUAGACUACAACUUGACAAAACAAUUGAACGGCAGAGAAAACAUGCAACAUGUCUUCUACAGUGGAGUCACUCGCUGUCAGGCAGCUAAACAUUUUACAACUACAGUGCUUGGAUACAAAUAGAACAUUUGUAGAGCUACAGGAUGAUGUCGAGUCUGUCGCCCACCGCAGACCUGGUCUGUCCACAACAAAAGCUUCCUCGGGAUAACAAUGGAUAUCACGUCACUGGAUAUCAUGUUACUGGGACUAAAGAUCUACAGAAGCGCUACGGCUUAAUGUAACGUUACAGCACUGUGGUGAGGCCAGCAGGUCGACUGUAACUUGGUGAGAGACGUGUUUCAUUAAGAUGCUCUGGUAAGAAUUGUUCAUAUAUCUCUGUCUGACUUGACUAUGGUUUAUUGUUCAGGGUUAAAAUGUUUUAGUGAAUAGGAACUUCAGUUUGUGAAGGAAUACUGCAUGCUGUGCACCAUUUUAAAACCUGGCUGAAAAUAACGGAGUAACGCACUGUUUGGUAACGGUAGCUGAGUUACUGAAUUUAAAAACUAACGCGUUACUAAUAAUGCAUACAACAAUGCCUACAACAUGACCUCCAGCAGGCUACUGGUGUGCAUGUUUCUGACCACACUGUCAGAAACAGACUCCAUGAGGGUGGCAUGAGGGCCCCACGUCCUCUAGUGGGACCUGUGCUCACAGCCCAGCACCGUGCAGCUCCAUCAUUCACCAGAGAACACCAGAACUGGCAGGUCCACCAUUGGCACCCCGUUCUCUUCACGAUAAGAGCAGGUUCACACUGAGCACAUGUGACAGGCGUGAAAGAGUCUGGAGACGCCGUGGUGAACGUUAACAACUUCAAUCAAUCAAUUCAAUCAAUCAAUCAAUUUUAUUUAUAAAGCCCAAUAUCACAAAUCACAGUUUGCCUCACAGGGCUUUACAGCAUACGACAUCCCUCUGUCCUUAGGACCCUCACAGCUGAUCAGGAAAAACUCCCCAAAAAAACCCUUUAACGGGGAAAAAACGAUAGAAACCUCAGGUAGAGCAACUGAGGAGGGAUCCCUCUUCCAGGACGGACAGACGUGCAAUAGAUGUCGUACAGAACAGAUCAGCAUAACAAAUUAACAGUAAUCCACAUGACACAAUGAGACAGAUAGAGAGAGAUGCUACCUGUGACAUCAUCCAGCAUGACGAUGUGAUCUGAUCUCAUCAGAUGUGUGACUUAAGUGUUCCCUUAAUUUUUCUGAACAGUGUGUUUCUGUCACAGUUUGAUCAGUGAUGGAUUAGUAUAGUUUUAGAUCGGGGUGGGAUAUGACAAGCAAAAUACUUCUUCCUGCUCCUUUUGGGACAUGAAAUGCUUAUUUAUAUUUAUCAUUGUAAGUCUUUUAAUGAUUUCUUAUUUGUCUCUGUUUUGUAGGUUUUUUACUUUAAUAUAUUCUAUUUAAUUUAUUAUUAUUUAUUUUUUAAAUUUUUAAAUGUUUGAAACAAAUCAAAUCAAAAAUCAAAGGCUGACCUAAAGAAAAUGUCCCUGCAUCAUUUCAUCACUCCGUUGUUUUAGUGGCGUUACAGUUGGUGGAGACAACAUAAAGACCCAUUAAGGACUCGAAACCCAAAGUUAAAGACUGGGGACCCGCAGAAUAGUGACUUGGUUCCUCCUCUGGCCUUCAGAAAGAAGCUGACAGGAGACGACGUGCAUCAAAGACCAGUUGGACAGGAAGUGUGGACAGUUUUUUGGUUUGUGUCUUUGAGGACACCAGGAACGUGUCAGGCUGUUGACGGAGAACUUUCCUAACACUUGCUGAAAACACAGAAUCCGUCCAUGUGGUUUAAGUUUAUUUACUUUAUUAAUCCCCCUGAGGGGAAAUUCAAUGUUUUCACUCUUGCUUGUCAAUUACACACAGGUCCGAAAGACACACACAUGCACAAACAGGACCUAUACAUGCACAAAGUGGAGAGAUGUCAGAGUGAGGGGGCUGCCCUUGGUCAGGCGCCCCGAGCAGUUGGGGGGUUCGGUGCCUUGCUCAAGGGCACCUCAGCAGUGCCCAAGAGGUGAACUGGCACCUCUCCAGCCACCAGUCCACGCUCCAUAUUUUGGUCUGGACGGGGACUCGAACAGGCGACCCUCCGGUUCCCAACCCAAGUCCCUAUGGACUGAUAUAAAAACAGUUUUACAGCUGAACUCUGCGGUCACGUCACUCCACGGAAGUUUCUGAGCUGUGUUGUACCUGUCAGAGCCGACCAGGUGAGUGUUUGUUGUCUCGGCAGGUUCCAGCUCAGGUGAGGGUCAGGACGACUCAGCAGGUGAACUGAACAAUGACUGUCCACAGAAACGUAGAGAACAUGACCCUCUGUCCAUCUGAUCUGGUUGCCUUCAACAGGAAACUUUAUCCAAAGAGCCUCCGGACUCACCUGGAGACAAACGUCCUCAUCACCUGUUCACCCUGUGUGGUGUCUUCAUGUGCUGUAUAAUAUGUAUAUUUGUUAUCACCAGAGUUGUAGUUCAGUCCUGCAGGAAGUCAUUGAAACUCUGCACAGUAAUAGAUUUCUGACCCCCACCAACGUCCCAGACUGUCUCCAGAUUCCGACCUCAGCUCUGCGGUCAAUUAAUUCAGGAAUAGACAACGUAGAAGAAUUAAAUUCUUAUAAUGAAAGUCAUUAAAACAGAUGUUGACGCAGGAACUCUCCGCUGUACAGGACCUCAACAUCAGGUAAGUUCACUGCCUGUUCCCUAAAUUUACACUAGCAUUACUUUUCUUUUAAACUGUUCAGUGAGGUGGAGUCUCUCUGUCAUCAAGUAGAUGGUUUACAGACUCGAGCCACAGCGGCUGAACACUGAUUCACUGUGGAGUUGUGUUGGGAUGACCAGGAGGCCAGCAGACGAUCUGAGGUUCAUAUCUAAGGAGCCUGUGUGAGAGAUCGGCUGGUCCCAGGUCAGUCAGUGAUUUAGAAACCAAACAGAGAAUCUUAAAAUCUGUCCUAAAUCAUCAGGGAGUGCCAUUGCCAAUGAAAGGGUGUAAUGGUGUUUGGGUGGGUGUAGUGUGUCAAGUGGUGUCGACAUGAGUGCCAGGAGCCAAGGUUUUCCAGAAGAACACGGCACUGUAACAAAUGUUCAGUGUUAUUCACUUCAUCUGAUGGGUGCAGUCUGGGCUCUCAGUCUGGUCUGCGUCAGUGUUCCAGCUGCAUCCUCGACACGUUUUGUGUUUUUAGGUCAAUCAAAUGAGAGAGCGUCACAGCAUCGAGCCCAGAAAAGUUUUUCUGUUUCAGCCUGAGAGAGAAACAAUCUGACCUCGGUGAUACUUCUGAGGUGACGAAAAGGCCACAGGUCAGAAUCCAAGAUAACUCUGAGGUUUUAUAUUCAGAGUCCCCACGGUCACGAAAGUCCUGGAAAAGUUAUGAAAUCAGAAGAUUUUCCAGGCCUGGAAACGCAGAAGUUUUGAAUCUACAUUGUUUUGGCAGUUUAAAAUAUUUUCAUGAAAAUAUUUCAUUGUUUUCAUGGAAAUAUUUUAAGCAUGUCGAACAUUAUGCAAAACAUGUAUCACCUGUUUCUAAUCUCGUGCUGCACUGUGUGAGCGUGGAUUGGAUCUUUGGGGGUUUUUUAUCCCACAAAAGGAGCGCAGAAGUUUCUCAAAGUUGUAAUAGGUGCUAGUUGGUAGCAGGUCAGUCCAAACUGAGAGUGAAGAUAGAAGAGCUCACACUUUGCUUAUCUGUGGGUAUGUGUUGUCCAAAGGCCUGCCCAUUUUAGACAUCUAAAUAAGUUAUUAAAAGGUUUUUAAAUUCAUCAUUAUGGAAUAUUACUGUGCAUGGGAACAUCUCAUGACCUCACAUCAGGAGCCUCUCGUGUACCUGACAGAUUACUGGUGUCAAAGAAUGUUACAGAAAUACUGAUGUAAGAACUGUUUUCUUUACUACUCAAAAAUCACUUUUUCCAUUAAAUGUUAGAGAAUGAUCAUAGUUUGAAUGUACAUUAAUUUUACAGUAAAACUAAAGUAUGGCGUUAGAGCUGCUAAUGCUAAUGGGCAUGUAGCUACUUCCAUGUUUCAGAUGAUACGUCAUGUUAGUCGUCAACCAGUGAAGAUGAGUUUUGUCCAUUAAAAUGUUCAAUGUGUGGGAACUCUGGUGUUUUUCAACUGUCCACAUACUUUUGGCCACAUGUGCCUCUAAUUCAUUCAGAGCUGAGUUAUUAGAAGUGGAUAUUAAAUGAUGUGUGUGGAUCUUUCUUCUGUUUGAUUAAAACCUUGAUGUUUCAUCCUGAGAAUCUUCGUCUGUUUAAACUCAUGUUUGUUAAUGUGUUCUCAGAGUUUACUCAGAAGGUUCAGGUAUCUGCCGUCUCCUGAUUUAAAUGGGGGCAGCUGUGACUUCAGAGGUAGAGCAGGUCGUCCACCAAUUGAAAGAUCAGCAGUUUGAUCCUGGGCUCCUCCAGGCUACACGUCAAAGUAUCCUUGAGCAAGAUACUGAACCCCAAAUUGCUCCCGAUGGCUGUUCCAUCUGUGUGUGAGUGUGUUAAAACUGAGUAGCAGGUGGCACCUUGGAGGUGGAAG